UUAACGUCUUAUCGGUUUAUCGUUUUAUUCACUAGUUCACUGUGCGUGCCGUUCAGAUGCUUUCUACCUGCACCGUCUAGCGUCUUUCGAAUUCCCCGAAGACAAACUUUGUUCUAGGCUUCUUCUGAGACUGGGGCUUAUGAGGAUGCACGCUGUCAAAUUCGGGCCACAAUAGAGUUCCAAUCUAUUAACACCCCAUCAAUGCGACAUCGCCGUUAACGCACUUGUCGAUACCCGAGAUACCCUACUCUAUAGUCAGCCUUUGCGCAAAGACCCCCCUCGCGCCCCUCAACAUGUCCUUCCGAGAUAAUGACCAGCGCCGAUACGGCCAUGUCCCCCCAGUACAAUAUCCUGUUGCGAAUCGGUCUUCACAAGACCAGGCAGCAUAUCCACACCGGCAGCCAAGCUUUAACAACGGUGAUGAUUCUAGCGCUUUCGCGUCGACCGCUACUCGCCCAAGUUAUCAGCCAACGUUGAACACUUCAGUCGCAGGUCUCGGUAAUCGUGAUGAGCUGUUCCUAGCCAGUCCAAGUGAUCCUAACAGAUCCAACUAUGGCAAUUCAAGUGUCGCCAUGGCCGGAUACCAACACCAGUAUCAGCCUCAGACGCCUCCUACGCCGUCAACGUAUAAUCCGCAAGCCUUCGCUCGAUCUCAGUCAACCGCAACACCUUAUCUUCCGCAUCCGUCACACAGGCGGCAGCAGCCAAAUGCGACCGCUCCUGCUCCGUAUAGUCCUACUUCGGCAACGCCUAGCAGUUUUGCACCUGCUCCAUACAAUCCCGCCGCAUAUUCUGGCUCGGCGGUACCUCAACGCCAGUCGACCUAUGCAAGUUACACCAACUACAACAACCAGUCUUAUGGAUCGCCGCCGUUGAACCAGUCGCCCUAUUUCCAAGCCCAACCUACAUACUCUUCUAGCGCCGCCCAACAGAGACAAUCAUCUACUACACCGACUACCUACGGUGCUAGUUACGAUCAGACGACUUAUAGCUUGCCAUAUCCGUCUGGCACAAGCGGUGCAGCCGCGAAUCAUACUACUACUUAUGAUUCUACACAUCUACAAUUUGGUGCGAGCUAUUCGACGGAUUCCAGGACCCCGCCGGCUACAUUUUAUUCUUCCGACUCAUCCUCGUCUGACCAGGCGCCAUAUCCGACCCAUUCGCAGAUACCUGUAGGGCCUAAUUACUCUGCUAGCGACCCGCAUUCGUUUUUGAAUCGUGCGUCGAGAUCAAAUUCGGCAGCGUCACCUUUACCGUCACCCCCAGCACAUUCGCAGCUAGUAACUGGUUUGACGCGACAUCCAACGAAUGCGCCAUUACCGAGCCGACCGGUCGAGGAGACCGUAGGAGACCGGUAUGCUCGCAAUGGAGCUUCAGCACCCGAUGUACAAGAAUAUUCUACACAGGAUAGUAUCAUCCAAGACAUCGAAGCCGAGCUUGGGAGGAAUGGUUCACGACCAUCAGGAUUCGACCAGCGUAAUGGCGCUCUGCCUGACGGCGAUCUACAAAAUCUCCGUCGGUUGACAUCUAACGCGAGUUACCAUUCAACUGCCACAACGCUGACCAACCAAGAGGAACCGACAGGGGUAAACCGUUACUCUUCCAACGCAUCGACUUUGAAUAGAAAUCAUUCGACCAACCCAUACGCGCAUGAAGAUUACGAUGGCGACGAGAGCGAUCCCGAGGGCGCGGCUGGGGCUUGGGCACUACAGCAGGCCGAAGAGGACGACCGCCGAUUUAGUACUGUCGGUGGACCGUUACCAUAUUUCAAUCAAUCAGAAACUUCCAUACAACCUACUCUGGCGACCCAUAAAGAGGAGCCGAGUAGCGACAGUGACUAUGCUGGGAUGGAUCUUGGACUCGCGGGCGGCGGUUAUGCAGGACACCUAGCAUAUGACAACAAUCUUGGGUCUCCCCCGAUUACUGACAUAACACCUGGGGAAACUCAAGCCUUACAGACUCGUAGUAAUCACACUUCACAGAGGAGUCACGGAAGUAACAGAUACCCAGCCUUUGAGCAGGCUGACGUGGAUUACGAAGGUACUGGCGGCUUGCAGCAACCAACCGCGCAUCGCUUAAGUUUUGAUGAAGGUGACGAGCGUGUUUCCCUGCAUUCAAGACAGAGCGGUAGCGAGUCUCCCAAGGACGACUAUCCGGAUAUGUUCUACCACCCCGGCCUUUCCAAUAGGCCGCUCCCGGCCAUUCCUGCCGGCUCGGACAGCAGUUCCAUGCUAUCGGCCCAAUCACCGAGCCGACAAGGUCAGCAUGGAUAUUCUCUCAGUGUGGAUUCGCGGUCGUACUCCGGACCAGAUGCCCAAUAUGGCCAGAACGCGCAGCAGCUGCAAGUUGAAAGAUCUAUAUCGUUAUCCAGCCAUAGUACAUCCCCUCUAGUUCAGCCUCCGGGCAGGUCCAAGACCGACGCCGCCGAGGAACGGAAUGCGCGGUUGAGACACAUGCGGCAGCAACAACAAUUGGCCGCCCAACAACAAGGAUUGCCGUACGAAGGCUAUGAAACAGGGACGGCCUCAUCAAUAAAUUACGAUGUAAUAACCCUCCCUAGCGGCCGUCGGCGAAAAUUCCAACCGGAGAAAUUGACUGUGGUCGACGUUCGUUCUUGCGCGGAACCGUGGGCUCUAAGUGGUAUCGCUAAAUGGAUUCGCGAGAUGGCUGAGGGAGAGCCCGACUUGAAGAGGAAGACUCUUGAAGAUGGCCUUGUCAGGCUGUUCUGCUUAAAGGUUCCUACGAUGAACGUUGCGGAUGCCGAGGCCCUGAGUACUCAGGUCGCGGACUCGAUGUUAGAGGCUGGUAUUCUUGUCCCUGAAGAAGAGUGGCUCAAGUUUGGACCCGGCUCCAUCUCUGGCGUGCUAUGGCAGCUAACCGGCUCCGGCUGUUACGCACCGAAAUUACACGAAUAUGAUGUCGAUGAAACUGGGCACGAGUUAUCAGCACGCUGCUAUUCUCACCACUGUACUAGGACUCUGAAGAAAGCGAACCUGGACAACUUCAUGUCCAAUGGUGUCAAAGUAGUCGAUUGGGUGAUGUUCUAUCAUAUGACUAAGGAAAGCACCGAAGGCAAGGAUAAGAAGGAAGUCGCCCGGCAAAAUGUGCUGCACGAAAUUGUUACAUCGGAAGAAGUGUACAUGGAUCGUCUCGACGUCCUUCGAGUCUUAUAUCGAGACCGCCUCCUCCAGUCUCAACCUAGGAUCGUUGCUGAGGGCCGGAUCGAUAAGUUCGUUAGCAACGUGUUUGGCAAGGUCGAUGCAGUCCAGCGGGUUAACAUGGAUCAUUUGCUGGCCCAAUUGAAAUAUCGGCAAAAAGAACAGGGUCCCUGGAUUGUGGGAUUCAGUGACAUCUUUAGAGAAUGGGUUCGAAAGGCUAGGGCCGCUUAUGUCGAUUACGCUUCCGCUUUCCCUUAUGCACGGUAUCAAGUAAAGAAAGAGGCAGACAGAAACUUCUUGUUCAAACAAUUUCUCAACGAGAAUCAGGCACAUCCUCGAUCACAACGUCUCGACUGGACCAGCUACCUGAAAGAUCCUAUCACGCGUCUACAGAGGUACUCUCUUCUCUUAGAGACAGUAUUGAAGCAGAUGGUGAACGAUAGCGAGGAGAGGGCCAACCUCAAGCGAGCCAUCGACGAAGUUAAGUCGAUGACUCUCGAGUGCGAUGCGAAGGUAGAUGAGAUGCAGAAGAAGGUUACGAUGAUCGAGUUAGACCAGAUGCUCGUUCUCCGACCAGGCUUCCAUGCUGACCUUCACUUGGAUCAUCUUGGCCGAGAACUUAUCCUCCAAGGCGAUCUCCAGAGGAUGGGUUCAAAGGGCGUGCGAUGGGUAGAUACGCAUGCUCUAUUAUUCGAUCAUUACUUGAUCCUUGCCAAACUAGUUGUAUCGAGAGAUGGUAGGCAAGACAAGAAAUACGACGUAUCAAAAGAACCUAUUCCCAUGCCAUUGCUGUUCCUCGAAAGCAGUCAAGAUGACCCUAUCUCCAAGCAGAAGGGCAUCGCAGCCCCGUUAACUCGAGCAGCGAACCCGACCUUAGAAGCCACCAAACUCAACAAAGUAGCGUCGAAUAGUACCGAACGACCGGGUUUAGACCAUGCAGCUACCAGCUCAUCCGUCGGUUCGGUGGCGGUCACUAGACUGGCCACUGCUAACUCGGCUGAUAGCGAAGGGAGAAUCCUCUAUCCUUUCCGUAUCAAGCAUUUGGGACAUGAAGUGUACACCUUAUUCGCCCAGUCAGCCCAGGCACGACAGGAUUGGUGCGAUAGGAUCAUCGAGGCCAAGACACGCCACGCCAAGGCCUUGCAUGCUCAAAACGCGGAGCCGUUUAAAUUACGCGUUAUGGCUGACAGUGCUUUCGCCUAUGACCCAGUCGCUGCCAUCGGCAAGUAUGUAGGAGGUGUGCAUAUACGUGGAACUCCCCUUGAUAGAGCCAUUCGGGAGGUGGAGAAAGCAUGUGGAUCAGGUCGUGGCCCUCCGCCAAUCUCCAGAGCAGGCGUCAACUGUGCUACCGGAUUCUCUGCCUUCGGCAAGAAUAUGGUCGCGGUUGGUACGGACAUGGGUGUUUGCGUAUCGGAGGCAAGUGAUCAAAGGGGCUGGAACAAGACGGUUGCACCGAGUCGAGUCACACAAAUUGCGGUUUUGGAGGAGUUUUCCGUCGUCCUAAUAUUAUCCGAGAGAAAUCUUAUAUCCUAUCCUUUGGACGUAGUAUCGCCCCCCUCUAAUUUUCCGGCUCCCUCGAACGAUAACCCCCGCCGUUCUCCUCAACGUCUAGCCAAAGAUGUAUCAUUCUUCGCGACGGCCCGUAUGAAGGACCGGAUGCUGGUAUUUUACAAGAAGAAGGAAAAUUUACACAGCACAUUUAAGGUGCUUGAGCCCGUUUUCCAAAAGGCAACAGAGAAGAAAUCUCGCCUAUUCGGUGGUAGCCGAAAGGCCGGAGUGGGUGUAACCGAGAGCUUCCGAGAUUAUGACGAGUUCUUUUUCCCUACCGAAUGUUACUCGCUUAACAUUUUCCACACGUACAUUGCCGUAUCGACGGCUAGGGGGUUUGAAUUGUUAACUCUCGACAAGAAGAUACCCAUGUCAAUACCCGAUGUUAGGCAACCCGCGACUGCUAACAUCGCAAAUCGCAUCAAGGAACAGCGACCACUCGGCAUGUUCCGUUUGAAUGAUCAGGAGUUCCUGUUGGCUUAUGAAGACUGCGCUGUCUAUGUAGAUAAAUAUGGCGACGUUAGCCGUAGCGUCAUCAUGGAAUACUCCGGAAAGCAGAAGAAGGCAAGGGGUGCGACGAUGUAUGGCCAAUAUCUACUUCUCUUCAACGAAGAUUAUGUGGAGGUACGCAACGCCGAGAACGGUCGGCUACGCCAGAUCAUCGCCGGAAGAGAUGUGAGGGUUCUCGAUUACGGUGUCCGAGGACCGACAGGAGGCUCUUCGAGUGCAAACGGCCAAAACAUGAACCUCACCCCUGUUGAUAACGGUCUCGACUCAAAGGGCACGGUGAAAAUCUGCAUGGCACACCCGGAGGUUGCAGGCCAACAGAUUGUCCUAGAGAUGCUACUCAAUAGCGGGCACAUGGAAAAGUAGGAGAUUACGAACGGUACGCAUUAGGAACGAUCGAAUGACGACCGACCAUUAUUACUUUCAAAUCGAGUAGUGAAUGGUCUCUGGAGCUAAGGAAUGGUUGCAUAUUUGUUUCUCUAAAGCACGUCCCCGCACGGAAAGCAUCUUAAGUGAAUAUUUUCUGCCAGAAUACCCCUUUUCGCAACAGGCUUACUGUUAGAAGACGAUUUUUAAUUGACGGGGGUUUUCAUUAUGACGGGACGGGGCAGAUUUCCUGGAUGAGAUGAAUUUGCAUAAUUGGCAUGGGCGUUCUACGUGUGACCUAGGGUUUUUUGAAGUAAGCUAUUCUCGUAUCGCCAAUUGGUGCUCUUCUCUU